AGCAAGAAAACAGCUGAUCCAGUUGUCAAUUAUUCACUGUCUUCUUAGCGUGGUAUUGUAAACGAGCGCGAAAAUGACAGAGACUGAGGAAACAAGCGAGAAAUCUACUGUAAGAAUGGAUUGUGAAACGGAACAGGAUUGGAUUAUGUCAAUGAAUCUCUUAAAAUGGGUAGAUGAAUGUAACAUGACUGAAGGGGAAACGAAACAAAUAGUGUUGACUACUGUUUUUGCCCCUCAUAUUCAAAAACACGCUCAAGUGCUUUUAACAGAGCCUAACAUUGGAUUAUGUCGUAGACAAGUGGAAAUAUUUAAUCCCAAGCCAUCUUUUCCAUCUUAUGAUGAAGAAGAAUCUAAUUGUGAUAAAUUCCAACUAGUGAUUCCUUAUGCUGGUGUGAAACUUGAAUGUAUGGUAAUAUUUCAGUCUUCAGCGCCUGACUGUCCACCUGAUUUUGUAUUCUCAGAUGAUAGAUUUUUUGCACCGCUUAAUCAGGUGGAAUCUUUGUGUUCGUGGGAUGUGCGUAAACCAGAUGCACUGUUAAAAGUCUUGAAAGAGAUAAUGCAAUUUUAUAAAAAGAAGCAAAUUCAAAUCUUAGACGGUUAUGAGCAAUUAAGUUUUGAAUAUUUGUGUUUGUUUCAGCUUCAGAAUUUUAAUGAAGAUGAUAUUGAGAUCUUAGUUCCAGAUGAAGAAAAAAGUCCAGUUAUAUUUCUCAUUAAAUUGCAGGUUGAUUAUUGCCAAUUAUUUCCUGAUUACUAUCGAGAUGAAUCUGAUACUAGAGACUACCCUCUAUUAUUGGUGCUUUUUCCAAAUCGUGAUAACAAUAGAAGCUAUCAAAGAGUGUAUUUGUCAAAAAAAACCCAAUCUAUCGUGACCAUUGAUGAAAAUUUCCAGUUGCCAGAUGAUGUUACUGAUAAUUAUCUUACUAGAUAUAUUAUUGCUCUUGAGAACGAGCUUAAAACAAAAAUCCAAUUAGCAGCUUCUCGUUAUGAAAGAAGAAGAAUUUACUUUGUAAAAUUUCUUACUCACUUUGAUAAAUGUAUUAUUAAAUAUGAUAGUACAUUGUAUACUACCAUGACAUUAUUAUUAGAAGAAGGUGAUUUUUAUUUCAUCCUUGAAAUCACUUUGCCUGAUGAUUUUCCUAUAGGAACACCAGCACUUCUGUUCCGUUCAGUUUAUCACUAUUGCAAAAAGGAUCCGUUUACAGCAUCUGUUGAUAAUUAUCCUUACUGUCCCACCUGGCCAUUGCAGAAAGUCUUAGAAGAAACCAUUAAGUUUAUUACUGAAUAUGUUCCUCUUUUUCGACAAGACAGUGCAGCUUUUGCUUGUAAGUAUGGUAAUUAAUUAUUUAUGCUUGUAUAUAGGUUCCUGAUGCAGGGUAAUGCCUGAAAUAAACUAUAAGCUAAGAAAUUAAGUAUGCAGUUCAUUUCUGUAUCCAGUCAUAAGUAGGUGAUAAUGAUUGGAAGAAACCAAUGAUAUAGCAAAGAGAAAUGGUAACCAAGACCUAGAAUCCUCCCCCCUCCCUUAUUUGCAUUUGGUUUUGAAAGCUGAAAGAGUUUCUGCAAUAUAUUGCUUUAGGACAUCCCUCCCUGUAUAUAGGAGGUGUUGAUUACUGUGGUAAACUAACUGCUGUUUUUUUUAUUUUUUUAUUAUUAAAAUGAUCUGAAGAAAAAGAAUUAAAAUGUGUGAUUUGAAAAGUAUUGUUAUCAAAUGCAUGAUUGCUAAAACCCUUUUAAACUUUCUUGGUUUUGAAUGAAAGUAUAAUUCCCUUUGCCAUAUAAUGCUAAGCUCGGUAAAGUGAAAAUUAUA